AUGGAGAAUGAGUCAAGACAAGAUGCCAAAGAGGAACUAAAAUCCAUUCAAGGGAUGUUGAAUGAAGCCUGUGUUCAAUUCGAGAAAAUCACGAAAAAAAAGCUCGACUCCAGAGGAUUUGAGAAUGCUAAAAGUUUUGACGACCUCAAGGCGAGAAUCUGUUCAGGCAAGGAAGCCGACCCUCAGUCCCGGGCAACCAGGCAAAAGUUCCUUACAAUUGUGUCAGUUGUUCAGACACUGACUGGACCAGUCAAGAUUGCUACCGAUAUAGCAUUCUCGCCUGCUAGCGCUUGUGUUAGUGCUUUGUCGUUUCUUCUGGAGAUCCCAUCAAAGGUUCACAGCAUUCAUGAGUCAAUCAGGGCUGUGAUUGAGGAGGUUGAGCCUAGGUUCACUGAAUUAAGGGUGUAUGAUGAGAUGAGUGCAAAGAUUGACCCAGUUCUCAUCAUCUCGGUUUGCAAUGUCAUGAUGGCCUUUAUUACUCUCUGUGCCCAGUGUGUGAAGCAUCUUGAAAAGGGAAAACCUUAUCAGUACUUCAAGGAAGGAAAAUGGAUUUUGUCAAACAAGGAUCCCAUCAAAAAUGGUCUGGAUAAGUUGAAGGAGCUUUCACUUCAGAAAGAACACGCUCAAUCGAUGCUUAUGAUGAAGGAAAUUCUGGAUUCCAGCGACAAGCUUGACAACGUCGGUGCUAAAGUUGAUGGAAUUUCCGACUAUGUCAGCAAGCGCUCCGACGAAAUAGCCCGCCAAAGUGAUUUGAGUGAAAUCAAGAAACAUUUUCGUGUGAAUUCGGAGGACGGGGUAUUGAUGGGUCACCGUGUCUACGAGGAAGCAUCUCAUAUAGUGGGAGACAAAAAAUGCUGGUUCCUCGAGUCGGAGUCCUACAAGACCUGGGCAUUCAACAAAGAGCAAGAUGUACGACCAUUGAUUUUGAUAUCUGGGGAACCGGGGACAGGGAAGAGUGUCUUGUCAGCCUCAAUGUUUCUCGAUGUCAAGGCAAAAGAGACGUUCGUCGUUUAUUAUUCGUUUCCACCGAUGCCCCAAAGUCGCAAAGGCCACCAGCAACCGCUUGAAGACUGUGUAAAAGUUACGGGACUACAAUUGGCAGAGCAGAAUUCAGACUACCGGCGACGCUUGCUGCACUUUCUUAGUACGAAGGAGCAGAGUGCCGAGGGGACGGACUAUAAGAGCUUACUGAAGACCCUCAAUGUCUGGCAGGCUCCAGACAAGAUGAUGAUUUGCUAUCUUUUUUUGGAUGGCCUAGAUAACCUGGCGGAAUCUGAGUUCACGGAUUUCAUGGACUAUCUGACUACCAACCAACUCUCCUCCAAGGAGAAUUCCUUGCGCGUCUGUGUGACAGGUAAAUGGGAGAUAUUACGCAAAUACUCGAAGCUGAAAUACUGUCUGGAGACUGCCAAGAUGGAAGACCACAAUGAUGGGGUGAUUGCUGAGUAUAUUGGAAAGUUUUUGAAAAGGAAGGACUUGUUACAGGAAGACUUUUUGGACUUUGCUGCUCUGAGAGAGUCGAUUUGUAUCGGAGUGACAAAAAAUGCUGAUGGUAGCUUCCACAAAGUGCAGAAGUGGCUUGACAAAAUUGAAAGUCUUGUUCAAUCAGAUAGCAGAGAUGAACUCACUCGCUUUCUCAAUACACUGAGUCAGGGAGGGUCAGACCUUGCCGAGUCUGAGCUGCGGGAUCUCGAAAGAAUACUCGACUCGAAGGAAAUCGCGGAGCUGAACGAGUUGAUUAUCUGGUGCGAGUAUCACAUGUCCAAAGACGUUAUUUUUGGCAUUGAGCAACUUGAAGCCUUCCUGUUUAUUCGCUCGAACUCGCCGCCGUUAAGAUCUCUUCGAAAGAAAAUACGAGACAGAUUUUCUCUAGUCUUGGAAGAAAAAGACGAUGGAGUUUGGCUACGAGAAGAGAUGAAGCAAUGGGUAAUUCUUCAGCGGGAUGGACAUCAACAACCAGCUAUUUCGGCUACAAUCUCCGUCCAGAAUGCCAGUAUCGAAGUAGCCCAACGAUUCUUCUGGGAUCUGGCCAAUCAUUCAGUGAUGAACCGGUUCAAUUUUGAUGCAAACCAAAUCGAUAUGUCAAAGCCCUCAACGCACCGGAUUCAAGUCACGAAAUUGAACGCGCAUCUGGUAAUCGUCCAACGGACCUUCGAGUUUCUCAGAAAAGCACCCGAUCCCCUUUCGAGACCAAUUGGAGAAACUUUACUGGCCGAUCUUCCGAUUCAUUUAGCAGUCCUGCAGGAGCCCGAACAGCUUGAACAGCUUGUGGACACUGAUCGAAGAACCAUAGGUGAAAAUGUCCAAGAGCUAUUCCUGAGCCCAACGAGCCUUGAAAGGCAUUGGGGUAUUUUACAGGAGACGAGAUGGCAUACAGAUCAAAGUACUAUUUACCCAUUCUGGAGAUGGCUGUCGGACGAUGCUGCAAUCAAACACCCUAUUAUUCGAGACAAGAUCAAGGAGGUGCGGAAUGACCCGAGACGAAACCAGAAGCUCUUUGAGCCUCUGGCAAAAUUGGCUGGUCACAAAUGGCUCCAGGAUAGCUCAUCCAGCUACAGCACAGCUUCGUUUGAAUGGCUCAAUAUUUUUCUCGAUAUGCAGGAUGAAGAUAGUGAUCACGCCAGCCAAAGUUCGGAGACUAGCUCUGAGGAAAACGAUGAUGUCGAAAAUGCUGAGCAAUGGUGCAAGAAGGCACUGGGAUCAAACCGCAUGCGUUCAAAAGAUGUUUGGGUACAACGGCUAGCCGAGACAUAUGAGUACAUUGGUAAUUACGAGAAAGCUCAAAAGAAGUAUCAGGAGACCGCCGAGUUACUUGAAAAAAUGGGAGACGUCGACCGGGAUCGACAUGGGGAAGUGUUGGUUCGUCUAGCGUCACUGGACGUUGACAGCGACCAAGCUUUAGAAUACCUUCGGAAAGCCCUAAGACUGAGCUCCACCAAUAUCGAUGCCCGAUAUAUGCUGAUCAAACUUUUAUUUUCUUGCGAUUUCAAAAAAGAGCUGGAGAACCUAGUUCUUGAAACACUGGACCUCAGAAGGACUUCUGGGCCCAUGAGACAUCUGGGUCUAGUGAUCCAGAUGGCCAUCAAAGAUGAUGACUACGACGACGACGCUCAGAGGAUGAACAUAAUGUGUACUAUCAGCUCUAUAUGCUCAUCAUCUACAGAAAACUUCAAUUACUUGCUGGAAGACUUGCAGAUAGCCAUUCAAAUUGCCAAGGAACAGAGCCAGGUCGAAAUGUGGGCUACAUUACUUUUACAUCAUGGGAUCACGCUUGCCUGCUAUUCCAAAAGCCCUUCUCGUACAGACCAAGCGAUAAAAUCGUGGAAGGAAUGCGCUGAAAUUAUUCUGGCAAAGAUCAAGCACCAGUCGGCCGGAGCAAUUCUGCUAGACCAAGUUGGGCGGCAGCUGAGCUGUUAUUACUUGGCACAGCUUUCCACAGAUCCAACAAAUACUGUGUGGUCUCAAAAGUUGUGGGAAGUUUUCCAGAGCCAGAAUGGAGUAGUUCAUGGCAUGUCUGCGGCGAAGACAUACCUGGCAGCACACCUCGUCCGGAGUGGGAAGAGGCCAGAGGCUGAAGCACUCUUCCAAGAAAAUAUCAAAGAGGCAUUUAGCUUACUAUCUGAUGACACCACUGGCAAUGACAAUCGGGGAUUCACACUGCUGUUUCAGGUCUUCCUUUACACAGGUGACAAAGUCAAUGCCCUCAUUGCCUUUUCGCUUCUAGCUCGUCGUGUACUAGAUGCUGAGAUUUUGGAGAAAUGGCUACAGUCUGAUGAAAAGACCACAACACCAGAAGCCAUGAAACUCCAGGAAUUCUACCAGGAAAACUGUGGGGAAACAGCUGGGAUUUGGUCGGAUCAAAUUCAACUUGGCGGACGAGACCCCCCGAACGAUGAUGACACAGCCAGCAAGUCCUAUGAUGCGCUUAUUGAUUCUAUGAACCGAUAUUAUGGUGCUUUGGAUGAUGCCAACAACGAUUAUGGAUUCAAGAACGGUGAAUUCAAGACACCUCUCUGUCGCAUCGAUCAUGAAUGGAUGCAGAUCCCACCUUGGAAUGCGAAGGCCCAUGUUCGAGCAUUCCGGCGCAGAGUCUGCAUGGGCGCUACUAUUGGAAAGGAUGGGUCUCUGGAGGGUGGCCGAGAAGUCCCGCUUGUCGAAUGGCUGAAUUCCCUGAAAGAGAAGUGGGAUCCCCAGAGAGUUUGGGACUUCCGGUGA